AUGGCCGCCUGCGGCUCAAUCCGUGUAGCCGCUGCCCAAAUGACCUCCACCAAUGACGUCGCGGCCAACUUAUCCACCUGCAGCCGCCUCGUCGACGAGGCCGUCUCCGCCGGAGCAAAGCUCCUCUGCCUCCCGGAGAACUUCUCCUACGUCGGACUGAAAUCCGGCGACAGCCUCGCCGUAGCCGAGCCCCUCGACGGGCCCACGAUGAGAAAAUAUCGCUCCCUGGCCCAAAACUCCGGCAUCUGGCUCUCACUCGGCGGGUUCCAAGAGACGGCCCACGACUCGCCCCACCUGCUCCGCAACACCCACGUGCUCGUCGAUGAUCGUGGCGAAAUCCGGAGCACUUACCGGAAAAUGCACCUUUUCGACGUGGACGUGCCAGGUGGCGCCGUGUACAAGGAGAGCAACUUCACGGAGCCCGGCCGGGAAGUCGUGGCUGCCGAAAGCCCGUUUGGCCGGCUGGGCCUCACCGUUUGCUAUGAUCUCAGGUUUCCCGAGCUUUACCAGCAGCUGAGAUUCGGGUGUGGGGCCCACGUUCUUCUUGUUCCGGCAGCUUUUACGAAGGUGACUGGUGGGGCCCACUGGGAGGUUCUGCUGCGAGCACGCGCAAUCGAGACACAGUGCUACGUGAUAGCGGCUGCACAGGGAGGAAAGCACAGUGAAGGCAGGGAAAGUUACGGGGAUAGUAUGAUAAUCGACCCGUGGGGAACAGUCGUGGGACGGUUGCCGGAUAGGGUCUCGACUGGGAUUGCAGUUGCGGAUAUUGAUUUCUCGAGGAUCGAGGAGGUUAGGUCGAGGAUGCCGAUUGGGGAACACAGGAAGGGGAUUGAGUUCUGGAGUUCGGUAUCGGCUUCGGCUUCUCUGUGA